AUGCAGUCCAUCCCGCAUCGCUCGCUGGUUGUCGUGGAGAACUACCAUUUGACAGCCGACGGCGAAUCCCGCGACUUCCCCGCCUUCGCCUACAGCGGCUUUGAACCGUACGCCGACUCGCCUCGCAUCGGCUCGCCAGACUCGUCGAAAUCCGACUCUCCCCUCCUCAAGACUCCUCGUUCGCCCUUCCCUUACUCGCCUGCACUCUCGACUCGUCGAGUUCGCAGAAGCGCUCGAUCAAGCCGGGUACUCUGGCUCGCCGUGACCAUUCUCGCUGGCGCAGCCCUCCUCAUCCACCAGCACGAGCGGCCUGAGGUGCGACUCGCGGCGAAACGGAUGCAGAGCGUCGCCUCGAAGGUCGCGGAACAGCGGUGUCGGUACAUGUCCUGGUUGUCGUCCUGCCCCGACCCGUUCGCCAACCUGCGCUUCGAGGAGGACCACGGCGAGAUCCUCUACCCUGCCCUUCCGGCCGACCUCUCCGCUCGAACCGACGUCGUCCCGCCUCAACCACAUCCUAUCCACCACCUCAUCCGCGAAGCCGAAUUCGCAUGGCACCGCAAAGUCUCGCGCCAAAGCCGAACACUCGAACAAGCAGUCGCCGAGUACCGGCGACGGUACAACCAGCCCCCUCCUCGCGGCUUCGACGCCUGGUUCCGUUUUGCACAGUCGAACAACGUCCAACUCCUCGACGAGUACGACUCGAUCUACGAACGCAUCCUGCCUUUCGCCGCCCUCUCGCCGGAAGUCCUGCAAGAACGCAGCGCGGUAUUGCAGAAUGUGACAGGCGAGGAAGAGUAUUGGAUCCAUCAACAUACAGCGACGAUCAAGUUGCGGCAUGAGGAUGGCGUGGGCAAACUGGAGGCGGAGGGACCGGGGACGAAGGCCAACCCGAGGGCCGAGCAGAUGAUGGCGCUCCUCGAGGGCGUCAAGGACAUGCUUCCCGACUUGAACAUCACCAUCACCUCUGCCGAUGUCCCCUGGAUCGUCCUUUCCGGCGCGCACAAGCAGAUGCACGAAGCCGCUGCGCAGGCUGGAAAGUUCCUCGACGACAAGGCGACCUUCAAGGACAACUGGGACCUCGACGGCUGGCAAGUCAUUUGCCCUCCUCAGUCACCGCUCCAAGAAGCCGAGCACUUCGAGAAGCGCAUGGACUGGCAAGCUCCGGAGAAGACGAGCUUUAUCGGGCUUGACCAUGUCAAGGCGAUGGACGUUUGCCAGCAUCCGGAGAACCAGGCCAUCCAUGGCUUUACUGCUUGGCCCGGCCCCCGCCCCGGCUUCCUCUUCCCUCUCUUCUCCUUCACCACCUCCUCACUCCACUCCGACCUCCUCCUCCCGCCUCUCGAACAAUACGAAGCCCCUGUCGGUCCCGAUCUUCCAUGGGCGCUGAAGAAGCACGACAAGGCGCUUUGGAGGGGCUCGACGACUGGGAGCGAUUUGACGCAGCCCCAUGCGAGGAAGUAUAGCCAGAGGGUUAGGUUGGCGAAGCUACCUUACGCGACCGGCCAACUCUCCAUCCCUCUCGCCGCGCACGACCGCCCCGGCUCUCCCAGCCGUGUCGAAUCGCAAGUCAUCCCGACGAUGCACCUAACGGACGAGUUCCUCGACGUCAAGUUCGCCGGCUGGCCGGCCCAGUGCGGGACGGAACAGGAGUGCGCAAGCUUGGAGCGCGAGUUCGAGUUCGAUGGGUUCAUGCCGGUCGAGGAGCAGAAUCAGUACAAGUAUGUCAUCGACGUGGACGGUAACGGCUGGUCCGGCCGCUUCCAUCGUCUCAUGGUGAGCAACUCGCUCGUUCUCAAGAGCACCAUCUUCCCUGAAUGGUACUCAGACCGCAUCCAGCCUUGGGUCCACUACGUCCCCGUCAAGACCGACUACACCGACCUCCUCCCCAUCAUAGCCUUCUUCAAAGGCUCGCCAUACGACGGGUCGGGCGGACACGACGAGUUGGCGGAGAAGGUCGCGAGUGCUGGGAAGCAGUGGACGGAGCAGAACUGGCGCUGGGUCGACAUGCAGGCGUACCUCCUCCGCUUGCUCCUCGAGUACGCCAGGGUCAUGAACCGCGACGACAAGGGAACGAUGGACUACGUCGCUUGA